AACCCAUCAUGAUCAUCACAGUCACUCAGUUCCUCUCUCAGCGAAGCUAAGCUAUAUCACUGCGUUCCCCAUCACAGCUGGAUAGAGCACUAGAGCCCUCGGAUCAACGCGCAAAAAUUGUGCGGGGGAAAUAUUAAACAUCACAGGAGUGUAACAGAGGAGGGAAGGUGCACUCAAGAUGGUCACCAUUCCAGAGUACUACGAGGGGAAAAAUGUUCUCAUCACAGGGGCUACAGGCUUCAUGGGGAAAGUACUUCUGGAGAAGCUGCUACGCUCCUGUCCCGGUGUCAAAGCUGCCUAUGUGCUUGUCCGGCCCAAAGCGGGACAGGCACCUCAUACCCGUAUCUCUGACAUGAUCAACUGCAAGCUUUUUGACAGACUGCGGGAGGAGCAGCCUGAUUUCGGAGAGAAGAUCGUUGCAGUCAACAGCGACCUGACGCAACCAGAUCUGGAUCUGAGCACGGACGACAAGGAGACCCUAACGGGCUGCGUGAACGUCGUGUUUCACUGCGCUGCCACUAUCCGCUUCAACGAGCCUCUGAAAGAUGCCAUGCAGUUAAAUGUGCUGGCCACGCAGAAGAUGGUUAGUUUGGCUCACAGUAUGAAACAUUUGGAUGUGUUUAUCCACGUGUCCACAGCCUACGCCCACUGCGACCGAGAGCUCAUCGAAGAGGUGGUCUAUCCACCACCUGUCGAAUACAGGAAGCUUAUAGACACACUGGAGUGGAUGGACGACAAACUUGUCUCUUUAAUAACGCCAAAGUUGUUAGGUGAGCGGCCUAACACAUACACGUUCACUAAAGCCUUGGCGGAGCACCUCGUCCAGCAGGAGUCUGGAAACCUCAAUAUCGCCAUCGUCAGGCCCUCUAUAGUGGGAGCCAGCUGGAAGGAACCGUUCCCCGGCUGGAUUGAUAAUUUCAAUGGGCCUAGCGGGAUAUUCAUCGCUGCAGGAAAGGGGAUUCUACGAACAAUGAGGGCUUCAAAUAACGCUGUCGCUGACCUCGUGCCAGUCGACGUGGUCAUAAACACAACUUUGGCCGCUGCCUGGUAUUCCGGUUCGCAGAGGCACGCCAGGUUGGACAACCACACAAACACCAACAGGCCGAGAAGUUUGUUGGUGUACAACUGCACGACGGGUGGGAUCAAUCCUUUUCACUGGGGUGAAGUUGAGUACUGCAUAAACAUGACGUUCAAGACCAACCCCUUAGAACAGGCUUUCAGACGCCCCAAUGUUAACCUGCGAUCCAACCCUUUUACCAAUCAGUACUGGACCACAGUGAGUCACACCCUCCCUGCCCUGCUGUACGACGGGUUUCUCAUGUUGAUGGGUCAGAAGCCCCGGAUGAUGAAGACAAUCACUCGGUUGCACAAGGCCAUGAUGGUGCUGGAGUACUUUACUAGCCACUCGUGGGUGUGGAACACGGACAACGUCACCAUGCUCAUGAACCAGAUGGGAGCUGAGGACAAGAAGGUAUUUAACUUUGACGUCCGGCAGCUACACUGGGCAGAAUACAUGGAGAAUUACUGCAUGGGCACUAAGAAGUAUGUUCUCAACGAAGAGUUGUCAGGACUCCCAGCGGCACGCAAACACUUGAACAAGCUCCGGAACAUUCGCUAUACUUUCAACACCAUCUUGGUAGUUUUGAUCUGGCGCAUCUUCAUCGCCCGUUCACAGAUGGCCAGAAACAUCUGGUACUUCGUCGUCAGCUUGUGCUUCAAGUUCCUCUCCUAUUUCAGAGCUUCCAGCACCAUGAGAUAUUGAAUCCAGCCCAGCUCCCCCCUUCCCCUCUCCCCCCUCUUUAUCUCCCGACAGCUAUGCACACACUUUUGCUUUGUGACACUCUGAACUCUGAGGGUCAAGCGUUCGGGCAUAGUAUCCGCUAUCCUCCCCUCCUGCGCAAGUGCAUCACAGGGUGCAAGUGCACUCAACUGCUAUGUAGAAAGCAUGAAUUUUCAUGGCUCGAGGUCUAAGAAGCUCUCUCAGCAUAACGAGAGCGACUGCUUCGUGCCGAACGCGUUUGAGCACUUACUUGUACCUGUACGCAAACAGGUUGUGGGCGAUGCUUGAUUAUUAUGGUUUACAUACUUGCUCAUACUUGUUGGCGCCAGUGGCCCCUUUUCUAACUGUAAUCAACGAAGCACAAUGAGAAAAAACAUGAGACUCAGCUCUGUGCCUGCAGUUCAAAAAUGAUCUUCAUCAUGUGCCCAGUGUCUUUGUUAGAUUCAUCUCUUUUGCCUUACUACUUUCCAAUUCCUCUCACCCUCUUAGAGACAAAGGGAAUUGACGUGUCACCAAAUUAGCAUCUUGAGCGUCUUGCUUGUGUCUUCACACUCUUUUCUUUAGUCAUCUUCAUAUAUAUUUAUUUGUGCUAGUUGAACUUAGGUUGGGGUCUCUUGUUUUUGUGAAAGCAAUCAGUCGCUUUUAAUCAAUCAGGCUUGUCUGUUUCCCUAAAAAGAAAUGGGGUUUUCACACGCUUAAACCUGUUGCCUUUUAUGAAUAAUGAGCUUCAUUAAUAAACAUGAGCAGUAGGAAUUUGCGACGAAGAAUUGAAGCUCGAGUUUUAUGAAUAAAGCGCGAUUAUCGUUUCUUGCCAUAACUUAGUGUUCAGGUAAUGGACUUUUGUACAUAAAACACAUUACCUUUUGCAUAAAUCUCUAAAGCAGCCUGAGAAAACCGAAUAUGUUGAAAGGUUUCAAAACUCUCAUGUGCUAAUUUCUUUACGUACUAUUCCAUAUCAGAGGGUGGCGGUUCAUAUUUUAACUGGAUUAAUUUAAGUGUUUUCCUUUCCUUUCUUCACCCGAUUCAAUCUGUGACCUGUCUGAAUGUUGAAGUAAUGUGAAAGCUGACGGAUGUAUGUUUUCUAAACCAUUUCUGUACUUCUAUUUAGAUAAAACACUGUAAUUUAACAUUGUCCGCUAUCAAGUAUUUUCCACGUUUGAAAUAAAUAGGAAGUGGUUGUUUGUUUAUGACGUGAAAAGAAGAAAUGUAAAGGCUGCUUUUACGGUCACUCGUGCUUCGGAUCACAAUUAAUGUCAAGAACUCUUUGCACAGCUUAAUUUAAUACCAGGGAAUGAUGGCUUGUUUCUGUGUGGAUUAUAGAUUAACUAUUGUCUUUUCUAUUAACGGUUUAAAGAACUGAUAAGAAUGAUUGUUGCCUUCAUUUCAGCGCUUCUGUCAGGAUCCAUAUUUUUUUGUGGGAGUUUGAGUGGAAUAGUGAGUUUGAAUAUGGUUCUGUGUAUGCAGGGUCUCAUCAAGAGUAUUUUUGUUUAUCCCGAAAUAGGGUAACAUAUAUUGCAAUGUACAGUAGUCAACUUAUCUUUGUAGUUUCCUUUGUGAUGAUUAAAAUUAGGCAUCAUUGGUAUUUUUGUCACAGAUCACAGCAUUUUAUAAAGGUGGUAAUGUAAUUUUCUUCAUUGGUCAUUAUAAAAUGUAAGAUCAAGUCGAUGUCAGGCCUUGACUGGACAAAUGUAGUUUGUUUCCCUUUCUUUCCAUUUUGUCUGCCUUAUUUAUAUGUACCGUUUUUGUUUAAUAUCCUGUAAUGAUCUAAAAUGUUUAUUGAGAAAUUGCAAUUGCCACAUUAAAAAGUCAGUGGAGGGUUCAAAAUCAAUGGGUGCCUUUCGUUUGUAAACCAAAAGAAAUAAAGAAUAAACUUAUUUUUCAGUUUAA